GUGGAUAAUGUUUUCUUAAUUCCUAUUAUUUAAGAAGAUUGAAAUCAAUACAAGGGUUUCUGGGCUAAGACGGUGAGAGUAAAAGAACACUAGUUUGGGAGAAAAUCCAAAGGCUAAUGUUUGUGUGAAGAAACUUGGGAAGUGGGCAAUUUGAGAAUGUUUUCUAGUGUUACUUUGGAAUGUUAUAACUUAACUACCUCAUCACCCUUCAAGAACUGCACUUUUUCAAGACAGAAUGGGAAACCUGUGCCAAGUAUUCAAAUGCAAGUUUGGAAAGCUGCCAAAUGCUGUUAAAUCAGCUGAGAGAAAUCACGGGCAUUCAGGACCCUUCUUUCCUUCACGAAGCACUGAAGGCCAGUAAUGGUGACAUUACCCUGGCAGUCAGUCUUCUCACUGAUGAAAGAGUUAAGGAGCCCAGUCAAGACACUGUUGCUACAGAACCAUCUGAAGUAGAGGGGAGUGCUGCCACCAAAGAAAUAUUAGCAAAAGUAAUUGACCUUACUCAUGAUAACAAAGAUGAUCUUCAGGCUGCCAUUGCUUUGAGUCUACUGGAGUCCCCCAAAGUUCAAGCUGAUGGAAGAGAUCUUAACAGGAUGCAUGAGGCAACCUCUGCAGAAACCAAGCGCUCAAAGAGAAAACGCUGUGAAGUCUGGGGAGAAAAUCCCAAUCCCAAUGACUGGAGGCGAGUUGAUGGUUGGCCAGUUGGGCUGAAAAAUGUUGGCAAUACAUGUUGGUUUAGUGCUGUUAUUCAGUCUCUCUUUCAGUUGCCUGAAUUUCGAAGACUUGUUCUCAGCUAUAGUCUGCCACAGAGUGUGCUUGAAAAUUGUCCAAGUCACACAGAAAAGAGAAAUAUCAUGUUCAUGCAAGAGCUUCAGUAUUUGUUUGCUCUGAUGAUGGGAUCAAAUCGCAAAUUUGUCGACCCUUCAGCAGCUCUGGAUCUCUUAAAGGGAGCGUUCCGAUCACCUGAGGAACAGCAGCAAGAUGUGAGUGAAUUCACACACAAGCUCCUGGAUUGGCUAGAGGACGCGUUCCAGCUAGCUGUUAAUGUUAACAGCAACCCCAGGAAGAAAUCUGAAAAUCCAAUGGUGCAGCUAUUCUAUGGUACUUUCCUCACUGAAGGGGUUCGUGAAGGAAAGCCCUUUUGUAACAAUGAGACCUUCGGCCAGUAUCCCCUUCAGGUAAAUGGUUAUCGCAACUUAGACGAAUGUUUGGAAGGGGCCAUGGUGGAGGGUGACGUGGAGCUGCUUCCUUCCGCUCAUUCAGUGGAGUAUGGACAAGAGUGUUGGUUUACAAAGCUACCUCCAGUGUUGACCUUUGAACUCUCAAGAUUUGAGUUCAAUCAGUCCCUUGGUCAGCCAGAGAAAAUUCACAAUAAGCUGGAAUUUCCUCAGAUCAUUUAUAUGGACAGGUACAUGUACAGGAGCAAAGAGCUUAUUCGAAGUAAGAGAGAGUGUAUUCGAAAGUUGAAGGCAGAAGUAAAAGUCCUGCAGCAAAAACUGGAAAGGUAUGUGAAGUAUGGCUCGGGCCCAGCUCGCUUCCCGCUCCCGGACAUGCUGAAGUAUGUGCUUGAAUUUGCUAGUACGAAACCUGCCUCAGAAAGCUCUCCGUCUCCGAGUGACACGAGGGUGACAUUACCACUUUCUUCAGUGCGCUGCCCGGUUUCUGACCUGACGUCCAAGGAAAGUACAAGUAAAGAAAGCUCUUCUCAGGAUGUUGAAAGUAUCUUUUCUUCUGAAGAUUCUCUACACAAGUCUAAGACAAUGAAUAAACCACUUACAUCUUCCCGGACUUCCAUGGAAAUGCCUGCACACCCAGCUCCUCGAACAGUCACAGAUGAGGAGAUAAACUUUGUUAAGAGCUGUCUUCAGAGGUGGAGGAGUGAGAUUGAACAAGAUAUACAAGAUUUAAAGAACUGUAUUGCAAGCACUACCCAGACUAUUGAGCAGAUGUACUGUGAUCCUCUCCUUCAUCAGGUGCCUUAUCGUUUGCAUGCAGUUCUUGUUCAUGAAGGUCAAGCAAAUGCUGGACACUACUGGGCCUACAUCUAUAACCAACCCCGACAAGUCUGGCUCAAGUACAAUGACAUCUCUGUUACUGAAUCUUCCUGGGAAGAACUUGAGAGAGAUUCCUAUGGAGGCCUGAGAAAUGUUAGUGCUUACUGCCUGAUGUACAUUAACGACAAGCUACCUCACUUCAAUGCAGAGGCAGCCCCAAAUGAAUCAGAUCAGAUGUUAGGAGAAUUAGAAGCCCUGUCUGUUGAACUCAAGCAUUACAUUCAGGAAGAUAACUGGAGGUUUGAACAGGAAGUAGAAGAGUGGGAAGAAGAGCAGUCUUGCAAAAUCCCUCAAAUGGAAUCCUCCACCAACUCAUCAUCGCAGGAUUUCUCCACAUCACAAGAGUCUUCAGUAGCCUCUUCUCAUGGGGUUCGCUGCUUGUCAUCUGAGCAUGCUGUGAUUGUCAAGGAGCAAACUGCCCAGGCUAUUGCAAACACAGCACAUGCCUAUGAGAAGAGUGGUGUAGAAGCAGCCUUAAGUGAGGAAGCUGAACCCACGAAGCCCAUGCCCCUGGAAACAAACAUUGCAGAGCAGUCAGAGCAACCCCAAAAGGCUAAUGAUGCAGAGCCUGCUGCCCAGCCUAAUUCUGAGGUCUCUGAAGUCGAGAUUCCCAGUGUGGGAAGGAUUCUGGUUAGAUCUGAUGCAGAUGGAUAUGAUGAGGAGGUGAUGCUGAGCCCUGCCAUGCAAGGGGUCAUCCUGGCCAUAGCUAAAGCCCGUCAGACCUUUGACCGAGAUGGGUCUGAAGCAGGGCUUAUUAAGAAUAAGCCGUCCCAUCUUACUGAUUGCCCCUCCUCGCUUGACACUAAUGCAUCCUUGGCAUUCCAUGAAGAAUACUCCAGGCUCUAUCUGCUUGCCAAAGAGACUCCCACCCCUCACAGUGAUCCUCGACUGCAGCAUGUGCUUGUCUACUUUUUCCAAAAUGAAGCACCCAAAAGGGUAGUAGAGCGGACCCUUCUGGAACAGUUUGCUGAUAAAAAUCUUAGCUAUGAUGAAAGAUCAAUCAGCAUUAUGAAGGUGGCUCAAGCUAAACUGAAGGAGAUUGGUCCAGAUGACAUGAAUAUGGAAGAGUACAAGAAGUGGCAUGAAGAUUAUAGUUUGUUUCGAAAGGUGUCUGUGUAUCUCCUAACAGGCCUGGAACUCUAUCAAAAAGGAAAGUACCAGGAGGCCCUUUCCUACCUGGUGUAUGCCUACCAGAGCAACGCCGCUCUGCUGAUGAAGGGGCCCCGACGCGGAGUGAAGGAAUCAGUGAUUGCUCUAUACCGAAGAAAAUGCCUUCUGGAGCUGAAUGCCAAAGCGGCUUCUCUCUUUGAAACAAAUGAUGACCACUCUGUAACAGAGGGCAUCAAUGUGAUGAAUGAGUUGAUCAUUCCCUGCAUUCACCUUAUCAUUAAUAAUGAUAUCUCCAAGGAUGAUCUGGAUGCCAUUGAGAUCAUGAGAAAACAUUGGUGCUCUUACCUUGGGCAAGAUAUUGCAGAAAACCUGCAGCUGUGCUUAGGGGAGUUUCUACCCAGACUUCUAGAUCCUUCUGCAGAAAUCAUUGUCUUGAAGGAGCCUCCAACUAUUCGACCCAAUUCUCCCUAUGACCUUUGUAGCCGAUUUGCAGCUGUCAUGGAGUCAAUUCAAGGGGUUUCAACUGUGACAGUGAAAUAAGCCCCCACGUGUUCAAGGCCCCGCCUGGCCUUUGGUGGCCUGCCUAUUGCACAGAUGCCUGUUGUCACAGUGUUUACCGUGGGAAAGGAAUUAGGUGAAAAAGUGAGAUUUGGAUCCAGACCCCAACCAUGCUGCGUGUGUAACAAAGGAUUGAAAAGAAAAUGGCACUUUUUAGGAAUAGAAUCACAAAAGCAAUUUCACUAAAAAAGGCAGGAACCAGUAUAUUAAGGUGUCUAAUUAUGCCAGAAGAACUGAAAUGGCCUCUUGUACCUACAAGGAUGCUUGGGCUUUUCUAAGCCUUUGCCACUUUUAAAAUUAUCCUUCAGGCAUAAAUAUUUUUGACAGUGGAAUAGAAGGGUGAUUCAUCAGAACCCUAACCGGAUGAACAGCUACUAGUUAUUCUAUCAAAUACAGAUGACAUGUAAAAAUCCUGGCUCUUGACAGGAGAUGACAAAAUGGGUUGCUGAUAAACCACCACCACCCUUUUACAUGUGGGUAGAAUCAUGUGGCUGUAAGAUGCUGAAAAGUCAAAAGAAAGCUGCCUUUCCUUUCUUUCUUUUCUCUCUUUUAUAUUUUUCAAUAAACCAGAAAACCUCAUGCUCAGUCCUGAGUGAAAGAAAGGAGAGCAUUAAGGACUUUAAAUAUAACAGCAUUGUGAAACUUGACUAAAAGUAGUGGGUUUGUUUGUUUGUUUUGUUUUUCUAAAUGAGAAAGUGUGUAUAUGUAAACUCUUGGGUGUCCUAUACUAGAAUGGUUGACCCUUUUUUUGGUGGGGGGGGGCUUUAUUUUUUUUAUUUAAGUAUAGCUGGUAUACAAUAUUAUGUUAGUUUCAGGU